AUGAGUGAUGGACAGGAGAGCAGGGCCAUACUGUUCCAGGCUCCAUGUGCUACAGUAUGUUUGUCAGAGUACGUCGGCUCUUACGCACUCACGGGCCAGCUGGUGUGUGCGGUGCCAGGGGCCUGCGUCACACACCGGUCCCAGCUCCAAGUCCCCUCUAGCUCUGCCUCGCUGACGCUCACAGCAACAAGUCCCUGCAGCUUUGCCGGACACUUGACCGCUCCUGAGGCCGUGGACGCGGCUCUAACCCCAGAGUCAGGCAGCGACGCCAGGCCCCUCACACCUGCGGUCAGCGGCCGUAUCUUCCAAGACGGAAAGAUGCAUUUCAAGUGA